AUGUCUAGAUUCGGGUUUGAACUAGCCUCUUCAGACGAUGACUUCGUGGUCCCCGAUUCUCCAAACGGGGAGUCGCCUCGUCGUCCGGCGAAACGACGUCGUGUGCAGUCAUCCUUAGGCGGCACAGGUGGUGGCGGCGAUGUCGCGUCCGAAACAGACCAGUUUUCGGACUUUGAUGACGGUUUCUCGGACGAGCAAAGCUUGUCCGAAGACCAUGAGCGGGAAGCGCGUUCAAAGUCACGAAGCUUUGUUCCGAAACAGAGCAAUAUUCAAGAGAACAUCUUCGUCACGCAGCUCACCCAGCCCGACUCAAGUCCGGAACGAAUUCGCGGGCCCCGCUGGCAGAAACCCACAUCAAAGUCAAUACCUGCUGUGAUGAAGCCCGUGAUAUCGAAGAAUGGUCCCCAUCAACGGAAUCGGCAAACCGAAGAGUCUAAUGAUGACGAGGAAGAAGCUCUCAGAGAGGCCCUGGCUGCAUCACUAGACGCAUUCGAGGAAGAGCAAUCCAUGCGACAAGUCAUGGAACAAACAGUGCCUAGAUCUGAUCAUCACGCGUCUACUGAGUCACUUGCUCCGAUGGAUGUAUCAUUUGAGCUAGAGGACAUUCCCGAGGAUGCUUUCGAUUCUUCACCGUGCUUAUCGCCAGUCUCACGGCCCGUUCCGCCCCCUACAUUUCCAUCGAGUUUCAAUCGACCAGUCAAUCGACCUCAGUAUAUGCGGCAGAUGACUCUAUACGGGAUGACCGCUCAAAGCCAACAGUCAGCUCCGCAAGAGAAGGAUUGGGCGCCCCCAGACAAAGAAGAGCGUCCGACACACCACAAAUUAAACAACGAGGAUCUGAGUACGUGGUGGUUCCCCACAAAUAUAGGGACCAUUCGAGACUACCAAUUCAAUAUUGCCCAGAAAGGCUUGUUUCAUAACUUGUUGGUGGCCUUACCGACGGGUCUAGGGAAAACGUUUAUCGCAGCGACGGUCAUGCUCAACUGGUAUCGGUGGACAAGGGACGCGCAGAUGGUGUUCGUCGCACCGACCAAGCCCCUCGUGUCACAGCAAGUAGCUGCCUGCCUGGAAAUUGCCGGUAUUCCACGAUCAGAUACGACUAUGCUUACUGGCGGCGCUGCACCGGGUCUUCGAGCCAAAGAGUGGCAAUCUAAGCGCGUUUUCUUCAUGACGCCACAGACCCUAAUCAAUGACUUGAAGACUGGAAUUGCAGAUCCAAAAAGGAUCGUGCUCUUAGUCGUCGACGAGGCACACCGAGCCACUGGAGGAUACGCUUAUGUGGAAGUUGUUAAGUUUCUUCGACGCUUCAAUCAGAGCUUCCGCGUGCUGGCGUUGACCGCCACCCCUGGAUCUACUGUCGAGUCUGUACAGGCUGUAAUUGAUGGUUUGGACAUAUCCCGUGUUGAAAUACGUACAGAACACUCACUGGACAUUCGCGAUUAUGUGCAUAGCCGUGACGUCGAGAUUGAGACCUUCGAAAACUCAGACGAAAUGUUGUUUUGCAUGGACUUGCUGUCUACCACCCUUCGACCACUCGUUAGCCAACUACGGACAAUGAAUGCAUACUGGGGAAACGACCCGAUGGGUUUAACAGCUUUCGGCCUCACCAAAGCCAGACAGCAGUGGAUGGCAUCCGACGCAGGCCGCAAUGCAAAUUUUGGCUUGAAAGGCAAGGUGAAUGCCAUUUUUACCGUCCUUGCCAGCUUAGCUCAUGCUAUCGACUUGUUGAAGUACCACGGGAUCGUCCCAUUCUACAGACACAUAUUGCAUUUCAAAUCCAAUACGGACGGGCAGAAGGGAGGUAAAUGGCAGAAACAGGUUGUACAGGACGAGAGCUUCAAGAAGCUUGUCAGUCACCUUGAACCCUGGACCAAAAAUCCCGAAUUCAUUGGACAUCCGAAAUUGGAAUAUCUCAAAUCUGUGAUCUUAAAUCAUUUCAUGGAUGCCGGAGAAGGGAAGGAGAAUAUCGACGGCAAUACUGGCCGUGCCACGAGAGUCAUGAUCUUUGUGCACUUUCGAGACAGUGCUGAAGAAGUCACCCGAGUACUUCAGAGAUAUGCGCCCAUGAUCCGACCUCACGUCUUCGUGGGACAAAGCUCAGCCAAAGGCUCUGAAGGCAUGGAUCAGAAGACUCAGUUGUCCAUCAUUGAAAAGUUCAAAGGAGGCACUUACAACACCAUUGUUGCUACCUCGAUUGGCGAGGAGGGUUUGGAUAUUGGCGAAGUCGACCUCAUUGUUUGCUACGACUCGUCAGCCUCUCCAAUUCGCAUGUUGCAGCGCAUGGGUCGAACCGGUCGAAAGAGAGCCGGCAAAAUCACAUUGCUGCUCAUGAAGGGAAAGGAAGAAGAUAAUUACACAAAGGCAAAGGACAACUACGAGAAGAUGCAGCAGAUGAUUGCCAGUGGUAGCAGGUUUACCUUUCACGACGAUAGAUCUGCCAGAAUUCUUCCUCCGGGGAUUCGUCCUGUUGCCGACAAGCGACGCAUCGAGAUUCCCCAAGAAAACUCCCAGACAGAGCUACCAGAACCCAAACGCAAGGGUAAGGUGCCCAAGAGACCACCAAAGAAAUUCCACAUGCCGGAUGAUGUGGAAACAGGGUUCACACGUGCCACAACACUUGAAGAGAGCUUUGCAAAGACAAGCAAGAAAAGAUUGACGCCGCAGAAGCGACCUCGAACCCCAACGCCAGAGCCUGUCACUAUCCCACCGCUGGAGGACGUUCUUCUCUCCGAUAGCCAACAGCAGGAACUGGAACAUCUAUAUCAGAACAUCGGGGAUACUUCACCGCAAUUCAUCCACCAUCCACGAACAGAUGCUUUCCCCCGACUGCAGCUCGUUGAGAGACCGACGAAACUGGUAUCCCACAGCUCAUUGACCCAACGCAUGAUCAAGACGCUGCAAAAGAUGGAUCAAUCUGGCCAUGAUUGUGAGGAUCGAUACAAACAAAUUAUCGCACAAGAAUCCGAAAGAGUGGCCAAAAUUUCCCGGCGAUCGUCAGUGAGUGCGGUGUCAAAGCUACCCCGCGGUAGCCCAUCUACUGAAGCCUCACGACACGCGGACUCGCUGCGUGCUGCGAAUAUUGGCUUUAAUCACGACGACAUUUCUGCGCUGAUGUCGCCCGAGGUCUCCGAUGCAGAGCCUCACUUCCUACAGCUCCCUUCAAACGACGCUGAGAGAGGCUUUGACGAAGACGAUUCUGACUCUAGUUUACCUGAUGCAAGCACAUUGUUUGGAUCGCGAUCCAAGGACAGCUCAGAAGACAUUCAAGAUCUGCCUCAGAAACGAAGGAAAAGACUUGCGAUUUUCUCCGAUACUGACGAUUAG